AUGGCGUCCAAGACGACUCGAGUGGUGCGGGCUAUCCGCGAGAAAGUCAAGAGCAGCGUAUCGGAACCGGGUCGAUUGGAUCCGAAGAUGAAGUAG